AUGGCGCAGCGCAAAGCGUGGCUCGAGCAGCUGCAGAAGCUGGGCUUGUCUCGCGAGAUGGUGCAGUUCUCCUUCUCUCGCUCCUCGGGGCCCGGCGGACAGCACGUCAACAAAGUCUCGACGAAGGCGACGUUGCGCCUGCCUCUCUCUACGCUCCUCGCUGGCGCCGGCGCUGGCGAAGGCACCACGCUGCCGCCGCUGCCGAGCAGCGCACUGAGGAUGCUCGUUGCGCGCUCGCCGUACUAUCUGCGAGCGUCGCAUGCGCUCGGCCUCAGUUCGUCGCGGCAGCGCUCACAAGAGGCAAACGUGCUCGAUGCGCUCUCCAAAAUGCAGACGCAUCUCACAGCGCUACUGUCCACUGGCAUACGCGGCGAGCCGUCCGAGGCGCAGCAGGCGAAAGUGAGGCGCUUGCAGCGCAUCGAGGAGGCGAGGAGGAAGGUGGGCAAGAGUAGGAGGAGCGAGGUUAAGGCUGGCAGGAGAGGAGGAGGCGGCGGGUGGGACUAG